GGUAUAGUUUAUUUAUUUAAUGUUACACUAAACUAUAAUAACAGGGCAAGACCCGUAAAAGAACUAGUACUCUAAACUUUGUUUAAGAUGUAUUGAAAUGGUAUUGAUAUGAUCUUAUGAAUUGAUGAUAACAAUGUGUUAUAAUAAGUGCAUGUAGUUGAAUUGCAACAACUUAUCCCACACAAAGUGUAGAGCGAUAACAUGUUUUCAAAUUUUUGAUGCAGCCUAUAUAUAGUCACUGUGGAACUGGUAACACUAAGAGAAUUUUUGGUUGGAGAAAAUGACUGAUAAGGCUGCUAGUGCUGUUAAAAUUGAACCUCAGUGUGGUGGUGGGUCUAAAGACAAUACUGAUGAAAGUGGUCGCACACAGCUUCACAGGGCCUGUAAGGAUGGUAACUCUGAUGAGGUUGAUGAACUGUUACAAAAUGAAGGAGUAGAUAUCAAUGCUACUGAUAAAGAUGGAUGUACACCACUUCAUUAUGCUUGUAAGGCUGGUAAUGAAGGAAUUGUUAAGCGUCUUAUUGAGAAAGGAGCUGAUUGGUCUAAAAUUAGCAAUGAUGGACGUACAUCACUUCAUUAUGCUUGUAAGGCUGGUAAUGAAGGAACUGUUAAGCAUCUUAUUGAUAAAGGAGCUGAUUGGUCUAAAAUUAGCAAUGAUAAGCGUACAUCACUUCAUUAUGCUUGUGAGGGGGGUAAUGAAAGAAUUGUUAGGCUACUACUGACUUGUGGAGCUGAAGUUACUAAAUGUGAUAGAUAUCAACGUAAUCCUCUUGAAGUUGCUGUAGAGGAAGGAAAAAAAAAUGCUGCCAUGGCUAUAGUGAAUAGCAAGAACCAUUGGGAAAAGGCAUUAUGCAAUUACACUGCUCCGAGUACAGUUAGGAGGACAUUAUGCUGUUGCAAUAAAGGAAAGAAAAAGCCAAAUGAUGCUGAAACCUCUGAUGCCUCUGAUGAAUGUUGUAAUGGAAAGGAAAAGUCAAAAGAUUCUGAAGCCUCUAAUAAAAAAGAUGCCUCUAAGAAAAGAGAUACCUAUGCUAUAACACAAUUCACAACACCAAUGAGAAGGAUAAUUGAGAAAAUGCCAGAUGUAGCUAAAGUUGUUUUUGAUAAAUGCUGUGAGACAGAAGGAUCACCAUAUGAUGAUGAGUAUAAGAUUACAUAUAACUAUGAAUUUCUUGUUGAUUUUGAGUUAGAGAACAAAAACAGAGACAGGUCUGAAGGGAUACAGUUAACUUGUAACUGCUUCCAGAGAGGAAAGAAUUCUUGUGAUAGUGCUGAUAAAACCCAGAAACAAUGGCCUCCACCGUCAGAAUACCACUCUAGUCAGAAUCAUUGCCUUACUAUUCUUGCUAAUUCACAAAAUUCAGACUUACUGAAGCACCCACUUGUCAGGACACUUCUUGAUCAAAAAUGGAAUAAAUAUGGAUGGCAACUAUAUUACACUAAUUUGUAUUUUUAUUUUCUAUUUGUCAUUUUACUGACAUCAUUUGCCCUCACUCUCCAGCUUCAUUCAUUAAGUACCAGUCAUAUAGAAGUAACUGAAAAUGAAACAUCUACUGAGGGACUGCAUUCUGUAUCUCAAGGAUACAUAUCCUUUGCCAGUGUAUGCCUGAUAGUUUAUUCCACUAUCAUGAUGCUACGGGAAGCAUUUCAACUGGUCUUGCUUGGACAAGAGUAUUUGACUAGUUUCGUUAACUACAUUGAAGUCCCACUAUUUAUGUUGACAAUAGUGUUUGCAUUUGUAUGCAGCAAUGAAUGCUAUGGUAGUUAUUCAUGGCAGUGGCAGACUGGAGUGAUUGCUGUAUUCCUCAGUUGGAUUGUACUUAUACUCUCCAUAAGGAAGCUACCGGUUAUUGGAAUAUAUGUGGUCAUGUUUUUGAGAAUUUGUUAUAACUUUAUGAAAGUUAUUGUCCUUGCCUUACUGUUAAUCUUGGCCUUUGCAGUCCCUUUUUAUAUGGUAUUUUAUGACAAAAGUACUCCGUUUAUCACUCCGUGGAGGACAAUGGUAAUAAUAUUAAUAAUGGCAACAGGAGAGCUUGAUAUGGAGUCAUUAUUGCAACAUGAUAGCAGUCAUAAAAUGGACUGGAUUCAAAAUAAUAUACAAUAUCCAGUGGUUGCAUUUUCAUUAUUAGUUGUGUUUGUGAUUUUAAUGCCCAUUCUAUUUCUUAAUCUACUGAUUAGUUUAGCUGUUGAUGACACUCAAAAAAUACAAAAAUCAGCCGAUACUUACAGACUAACUCUGAAGAUUGAAUUUGUUGUAUACAUUGAAGCAUUUCUGAGGUCAAUACGGUCACUUGUACCCCGAUGCUUGUCUACAAUGAUUAAAAAAUUUCUGUUAAAAUGCAAAUGCAAAUCAUGCAAUAAAAAAAAUAAUGAUGAUAAAAAGAAAAAGGAAGAAAAGCUGCAUCAUCAGAUAAUAAUAUAUCCAAAUCAUGCAAAAAGUGUCCGUGAACAAAUGAUUUGUUGGCUCGAAGGUCGUUUAAAUGAGAUUAAAAGAUAUUUUAAAACUGAACCACAGACAACUGUAGCUGAGAUUAAGAACCAGUUGUCUGAGGAAAUGAAGGAUCUACGUAGUUCAGUAUCUGAGGAGGUGAAGGAUCUACACAAGGACCUAUACAGUUCAAUGGACCGGUUGCUAGAUAUUGUUAAAAGUAUAAAAAAUGAAAGACAAGGAGGAGGAGGAGUAGAAGAAACAGGAAGAAGAAAGGAAGAGGAUGAAGAGCAUAAUUAGUCUUGCAUAGUUUUGGGUGGAUUUUUAAUUUUAGAUUUUUUUGUUGUUCUGAUCCACGUGAUUGCAUGUGACCUGUAAAUGUCACGUGAUAUCAACAGUUUCAAAACUCCACCCAUCACACAUGUUUAGUUGUUUUUAAUGUUUUACUUGUUUAGUGUUUUUUAAAAAUGUCAGAAGAUAUUGUUAUUAGUCUACAUCUU